AUGGCCCUGGCCAACCUCACAGGCGGCCCUCAGUUCCUGCUCCUUGGCCUAAUGGAUGGCACAGACAACCACCCGCUGUUGUUCCUGCUCUUCCUCAGCAUCUACCUGCUCAAUGCCCUGGGCAAUCUGAGCAUGGUGGUGCUGGUGAGGUGCGACGGGACUCUGUGCUCCCCCAUGUACUACUUCUUGGGUCACCUGAGCCUCGUGGACGCCUGCUUUACCACGGUCACAGUUCCCCGCCUGCUGGCCAGCCUGCUGCGCCCGGGCCAGGCCGUGUCCUUCGGGGCAUGCUUUGCCCAGAUGUACUUCUUCGUGGCGCUGGGCAUCGCGGAGAGCUACCUCCUGGCAGCCAUGUCCUACGACCGCGCGGUGGCCGUGUGCAGGCCGCUGCGCUACAGCGCGGUCAUGACCUCCGGGCGCUGCGCCGCGCUGGUGGCGGUGUCCUGGGCCGUGGCUCAUCUGCACUCGCUGCUGCACACGCUGCUCAUCUCCGCGCUCUCCUACCCGCCCUGCGCUCGCGUGCACCACUUUUUUUGCGACAUGACGGUGAUGCUGAGCUUGGCCACCUCGGACACGUUUUUCGCGGAGACUGCCAUCUUCUCCGAGGGCCUAGCGGUGGUGCUGACCCCGCUGCUCCUCGUGUCCCUGUCCUACGCGCGCAUCCUGGCGGCGGUGCUCGGAGUGCGGUCAGCCGGGGGCCGGCGCCGCGCCUUCUCCACCUGUGGCUCUCACCUGGUGGUGGUGUCGCUUUUCUUUGGCUCUGUGCUCUCUGUCUAUUUCCGACCGUCCUCUGCCUAUUCUGCGCGCUAUGACCGCCUGGCCAGUGUGGUCUAUGCCGUGGUCACACCGACCUUGAACCCUUUCAUCUACAGUCUUCGCAACAAAGAGGUCAAGGGAGCUCUGCAAAGGGGGCUCAGGCGGAGAGCUGCACUCCAAGAAUUGUGA